AUGGCCGUGCCAGAGAUGCGCGCGAGUACAUUGGCUGCACGAGCUCUAUGCCUCGAACCGAGGUACACGCGCGUGCCAUGUGUCGGUGGUACGGAAGGCGAAGCAUUAGUACCCCUGUUUUCUAAAGCCGUCGAAUACUACGACUUCGCAAAGCACAACGCUGAACUGAUGACGCACUCUGUACGCACUGCUCAAAUGGCCACGUCGAGAUGUUCCGGUGUUUGUGCUAAGGCGGCCGAUCUCAGUGAAGCUCAUGCUGUAGCUGGACUCGUUACGAAAGUAGCUCAUGCUUUACUUUGCAAAGACGUACCCAGAGUUACUGGUUUCGUUGAAACUGACCCAAGCCAUGUUAUUUCUCCAGCCAGGUAUAUCGCGAAUACUGUGGAAUUAGGGGGAGGUGGAAUCGCCAGGAACUUUGGUUUGCCGAAGAUGAAUGAUCCCGAAACCACGCUGCUUAAUCUUGCAUUGAACGACCUCUGUGAGAAGCAGAAAAUGACAUUGAGAUGGCAUCAUAAAUUCUGCAGCUCCUCUGGUAGACUGGAUGCCUGCCAAUUUCAAUUCUUCACUCCAAAAAGCGAUGAGCGUUUCGACGACUGCGCUUAUGCAACCAUAUAA